UUAAACCCAAAAUCCUCCAUUGAUGUAAACAUUUCAAGAUUCUUUGAGAGAGAAAUCGAAGAACAGUGGCAUAAGGAAGUUGAAGAAUCCAAAGUUAAAGCAAAAAGAUGAAGAAUUUACCGGUGUUUUUGAUGGGUUGUGGAGGAGUUGGCCGUCAAUUGCUUCAACAUAUUGUUUCUUGUCGAUCUCUUCAUGCCAAGCAGGGGGUGCAUUUGCGAGUUGUGGGUGUGUGUGAUAGCAAAUAUCUGGUGGUUGUAGCUGAUGUUCUCACUGCAGAAUUGGAUGAUUCAUUUCUUCUUGAAGUUUGUCGUGUCAAAUCCAAUGGCUCUUCAUUGCAGACUCUUGCAAAUUCUGGUGUAUGCCAAGUGUUUUCUGGUCCAGAAGUUUUACAAAAAGUAGUUGAUAUUGGACGUCUUGGCAAAUCAACAGGUUUAGCAUUUGUUGAUUGUUCAGCUAGUGCUGAGACUAUUGGAGUGCUAAACCAGGUUGUAGAUUUUGGUUGUUGUGUGGUGCUGGCUAACAAGAAGCCUCUGACUGUGCCAAUGGAGGAUUAUGAUAAGUUGGUGUCACAGCCCCGUCGCCUUAGACAUGAGUCAACUGUUGGUGCUGGCCUUCCUGUCAUAGCAUCCUUAAAUCGCAUAAUUUCAUCAGGAGACCCUGUCUACCGUAUUAUUGGGAGUUUGAGUGGUACCCUGGGGUAUGUAAUGAGUGAGGUUGAGGAUGGAAAGCCAUUAAGCCAAGUCGUUAAUGCUGCUAAAAGCCUUGGUUACACUGAACCAGAUCCUCGGGAUGAUCUAGGUGGUAUGGAUGUAGCAAGAAAGGCUCUCAUUCUUGCUCGGCUCCUUGGACGGCGUUUAAACCUAGAUAAUAUGAAGAUUGAAAGCUUGUAUCCUGAAGAAAUGGGACCAGGUGUGAUGCCUCUGGAAGACUUUCUAGUGAACGGCCUUCCCUUACUUGAUCAGAAAAUUGAAGAUAGGAUUAAACAAGCUUCUGCAAAUGGGAAUGUUCUGCGCUAUGUUUGCUUGAUUGACGAUGCGAGAUGUGAAGUUGGCAUCCAAGAAGUUCCAAAAGAUUCUGCAUUGGGAAGAUUAAGAGGAAGUGAUAAUGUGGUGGAGAUAUACAGCCGUUGUUACGAGAAACAACCUUUGGUUAUCCAAGGUGCUGGAGCAGGAAAUGAUACCACAGCAGCUGGUGUCCUAGCUGAUAUCCUUGACAUUCAAGAUUUAUUCCCAUGACUGAGAUAGAUAGAUAGAGUGUUUUUAGAUUCGCACCGUUGUGCUUUGAUAAAAUACAGAAUCUUAUGUAUAAAAAAUUACAACAGGUCAUUUCUAUAUAAUUUAACAUCUAAUAAAGCAUCUUGUCUCAGUUGGUGAAA